AUGGCAGAUGAAAGUUUACAUACCACACUUGCAAAUGUGCAAAAUAUUGACUAUCACAUCGUAACGCUGUUGGAAAAAUUGGAAUCCAUGCGUAAGGAGGCCCCAAUUCCGAAGAAAGGCAUGAAAAAGUUCAACAUGCAUCAGGAAUUGCGGACACUCGAGUUCUGGAGAUCCAUAAUUUCCGAGUGUUUAUCAUCAUUCUUUUACGUUUUUAUCGUUUGUGGAGCAGCAGCGGGCGCUGGAAUCGGAGCAAGCAUCUCUUCUGUUUUGCUGGCAACUGCUUUGGCUUCGGGUUUUGCCAUUGCUGCCCUCACACAAUGCUUCUUUCAUGUCUCAGGCGCCAACAUUAAUCCCGCUAUCACUUUGGCCUUGGCAGUCACUCGGAACAUUUCCCCGAUCCGUGCUGCGUUGUACAUCACGGCGCAAUGUGGCGGAGGCAUCGCAGGAGCUGCUUUGCUAUACAGUGUCACUGUGCCCGGUUACCAGGGAAAUUUACAAGCUGCUGUCACGCAUACCGCAUCUCUUGCCGCCUGGGAGCGAUUUGGCGUCGAACUGAUCCUCACCUUUAUAAUCGUAUUAACGUAUUUUGUCUCGACCACGCCGAAAAACAAGCUUUUUGGAUACCCGUCGUUGGUUAUUGGAGCCGCUUACAGUGCAUGCAGCUUCGUAUCGAUGCCCUACUUGAAUCCUGCUCGUAGCUUGGGUCCCAGCUUCGUCCUGAACAAAUGGGAGAAUCAUUGGGUCUACUGGGUAGGUCCCAUGCUCGGUGGUGUCAUCUCCGGCGUGCUUUAUGAAUACGUUUUCAACCCAAAUCGACACAACAAGAAGGGUCGUGAUGCGGAUCAAGAGUCCUCCAGCAUGUCUGACGACGACAUGAACUACGAUUUGGAACUCGAAAAGCCCAAAUAUCACGCCGGAAGUCAAUACAACACAUAUCGGUCGACAACUGCCACGACAUUGGCGCCUCAACCAUUUUGCGAGCCAAUUUACGGCGGAACUCGUUCAAUGUAUUGCCGAUCACCGCCAUUGACGCGCGCAAAUCUUCAUCGUUCGCAGUCCGUUUAUGCCAAGAGUAAUGGAGCGAUUAAUCGGGAGUCGGCUCGUUCGGGACAAUUGGUGCCGGCGCAAAGUUUGUACCCGUUGCGUUUAAGUACGACACAGCAACCGCCCCAAAGUGCGCACGCACAGAACCAAAAUGUGCAAAAUCAGUUGCAACAUCGGUCGGAGAGCAUCUACGGGAUUAGAAGCUCGUUCAGACAACAAUCGACGACGCAACACGGGCAACAGCAACAACAUAUCGAGGUGCGUCAGGAGCAACGGGGCAUGGAACGGACCCAAAUUCAGCAUCAUCAGGAUGGCGGACAUGCUUUUCAGCCCAUUUAUGGAAGUCGCUCGAAUCCAACGCCCACGGAACAGUUGAAAUAUGAGCCACGUGACGACUCCAAAUACCGCCAACAGCAACAACGCCCCGAUUCAGUGUACGGCACUUCAUCCCAACGUCGCGUACAAUCAGCCCAAAGUGACGACAGUUCCUACGGAUCGUACCAAGGAUCAUCUUUAACGCCCCCGAAUCGCAGCACAAGCAUCUCCAACUAUGCGCCUCAACCAUUGCCCACAUACGGAGCGGCGCCUUCGAUGCAACAACAGAUGUCAAGCAGUUGCAGCGAUCGCCCAUCGAGCAAAAACAGCGCCAACGGACCGCCACAACAACGAAUCGAUCAAUACGCCACAAGCACAAAGCAAUCACAGAUCAGCACAAACCCCAAUGGAGGCACCCAGCAAAUGCAUCAGCAACAAAUGCAGCAACACAGUGUCUAUGGCAUGCAUCCCGUGCGACAAAAUUAG